ACCAUCAGUAUAAAGUUUCUUUCUACCCUUUCUCUUCCUCUCUCUCCCUCUCUUUUGAGGUUCUAAAAUUUUCUAGAAAGAGAUAAAAAGUUGUCUUAUUUCCAUGAAAAAUAAAAUGAAAUUUGGAGGUUUUAUUGCAAUAAUAAGUGUUCUUCAAUUAUGUGCACUUGUUUCUUCACAACAAGCUACUUCUAACUCCACCUGGUUAACACUAAAUGGGUCACCUCCAUUGAUAAUAGCAAGAGGUGGGUUUUCAGGGUUAUUUCCAGAUUCAAGUGCAAAUGCCUAUCAAUUUGCUACGUCAGUUAGUGUACCAGAUGUGGUGAUAUGGUGUGAUGUUCAAUUGACAAAAGAUGGUGUUGGAAUUUGCUUUCCUAAUCUCAAUUUACAGAAUUCCUCUGUCAUUGACAAAGUAUUUCCCAAUGCAAGCAAAUCAUAUGUUGUUAAUGGUGUUCCAACAACUGGGUAUUUCCCCAUUGAUUUUACUUUUCAGGAACUAUCCAAUGUCCCUUUGACCCAAGGGAUUAUGGCUCGAAGUCCUGCUUUCGAUGGCACACUCCCCAUUCAAAGUGUUGAACAAGUAUAUACCCUUAUUGAACCUGCAGGUUUCUGGCUCAAUGUCGAGCAUGAUGCAUUCUAUAACCAGCAUAAUUUGAGCAUAAGAAGCUUUAUCCUUAAUGUUUCACAAACCAUAAACAUUACCCACAUCUCAUCACCUGAAAUCGACUUUUUACAAGGACUCUCAGCGCCAUUUGCACCAACCAACACAAAAUUGGUUUUUCGGUUUCUUGACAUGAGUAUUAUAGAGCCUUCUACCAACCAGACUUAUGGUUCCCUCUUGACAAACCUUACUAUGAUCAAGACUUUUGCUUCUGGUAUUCUAGUCCCAAAGGGUUACGUAUGGCCAGUCGAUGCAACAUCGUACCUAUUACCUCAUACUUCUCUGGUGGAUGAUGCUCAUAAUGUUGGACUUGAAGUUUUUGCUGCAGAUUUUGCAAAUGAUAAUCUAUUUGCUUAUAAUUAUAGUUACAACCCUGUUGAUGAGUAUCUUUCUUUUAUUGACAAUGGGGAGUUUUGUGUGGAUGGUGUGUUGUCUGAUUUCCCUAUAACUUCAUCUGAAGCAAGAGAAUGCUUUGCCCAUGUUGGCUCGAACGCCUCAGCACAAGCUAAACCCCUGGUUAUAUCACACGAUGGAGCAAGCGGAGACUUCCCUGGUUGUACCGAUUUAGCAUAUGAACAAGCUAUCCGAGAUGGCACAGAUGUGAUUGAUUGCCCUGUUCAAAUUUCGAAGGAUGGGAUACCUUUCUGUUCGAGCUCUGUCAAUCUACUAAACAACACAGAAGCCACACAAUUCAGGAACCUGAUCUCGGUUGUUCCUGAAAUUCAGCCAGCUCCCGGACUAUUCACAUUCAGUCUGAAUUGGGCCGAUAUUCAAGGCUUGACUCCUGUGAUUGAAAGCCCAUACGGGACUAGUUGGGGUCUGUAUAGAAACCCGAAAUUCAGGACUGCUGGAAAAAUUGUGUCUUUGGCCGAUUUCUUAGACCUAGCGAAAAAAUCUACUUCACUUUCCGGUGUUUUGAUCAAAAUAGAGAAUGUGCAAUACCUAGCAACAAACCAGGGACUGAGUAUAACUGAUAAAGUUUUAGCUGCUUUGGACAAAGCUGGUUAUAACAGUCCUACAUCAAAGAAAGUUAUGAUCCAAUCCACAAGCAGUGCAGUCCUUAAGGCAAUGAAAGGGAAAAACAACUACGAAUUUGUCUACGAAGUCGAUCAAAUAAUCGAUGGAGUCCUCAACGAUACAAUCUCCUACGUAAAAAGUUUCGCAAAUUCUGUCGUUGUCGACAGGAAAUCUGUCCUUCCAUUCAACCAAAUGGGGUUCCUAGAAAAUAUGCCUGAUGCUGUCUCACAGUUCCAGUCAUUUGAGCUACCUGUUUAUGUUCAGAUUCUUCGAAACGAAUUUACGAGCAUCCCAUUUGACGCCUUCUCGGAUCCUAUUGUUGAGAUUAAUACGUUCGUUAAUGCAGCUAAUGUUGAUGGUGUUGUUACAGAUUUCCCUAAAACAGCUGUUGCAUAUAGGAAGAAUUUGUGUCUAAAGAUGGAGGAUACGCCACCUUACAUGAGCCCAGCUCAGCCCGGUGCACUAUUGACUGUCAUUGGGCCUGGAGCAGCACCUCCGACUGCUGCUCCUGGUCCGAUCCUCACUAAAGAAAAUGUGACGGAACCACCUAUUCCUGCAGUGGUGCGACAAAGCGCCGCCCCGCGAACAGCAGAAGCCCCAACAGCUCCAAAUGGUCAACAUAAAAUUACUGUUUCUGCCUUGGUGUAUAUCUUGUCUUGGAUUGUGGCAGUUGCUCUUCUGCUGUGAUAGUUUUUUUUGAAAGACAAUUUUUGGUACAUACUUGUUCUUUUCGGAGCACAUGUAUAAAACAGAUAUCGGAUUGAUAAUGAUGACUACUUUUAUGGAGUCGUUAUUUUCUAUAUAAGUUUAUAGUUUUUAUUAGUACAUUAAUUAUUUGGAUAUAAAUUAUACUACUUUCUAUUCAUCUAAAA